CUCCCCAUACUGCUCUGCGACGUUGGCGAAAGAUUUCAACAGAGAUCGAUUUUUGGCCAGUUUUUGCCUUUCCACCGCCCGAGCUCAAAUCGCACCACGAAAAUAACAACAAAAUGGCCGACAAGUCUUUCACCACAAGCGAUGUCAGCUCGCACAAGGAUGAUGCGAACGGCUACUGGCUCAUUGUCGAGGACGGCGUCUACGAUGUCACAAACUUCCUCGAGGAGCACCCCGGCGGCUCCAAGAUCCUGAAGCGCUUCGCCGGCAAGAACGCGACCAAGGCGUUCUGGAAGUACCACAACGAGAGCGUGCUGGAGAAGUACGGCGGCAAAUACAAGAUUGGUACCGUCAAGGAGGCCCCGAAGCUGUAAAGGGAAACAUACAUCUUCUUUGCUUUGUAUACAUGCAUCUUUUGUCGGAUUUCACGUUUGGGCGUUUAUGUAUAUAUACCUCUGGUAAUAGACAAUUGGAUACAGCCAAAGACAUGCGAUAGCUGGGGUUUUCCGAUUUUCUUUUCCUUCUAUUGGCUUGAGCUGGUACCUC